AUGAAUCCAGAUCAAGAAGCGAAAUUUCCUCUGCAUGAGGCAGCUAGAGAAGGCAAAACUCCGACUGCCGAGUCGCUGUUGAACGCAAACCCGAAACUAGCUACGGUCAAAGAUGAGGACGAGCGUCUUCCUAUUCACUGGGCCGUUGCGUUCAAUCACCUUGACAUAGUAGAGCUCUUAGUAGCUCAGAAGAACUUCGAUCCGGACGUGGAGGAUGGAUCAGGAUGGACUCCGCUCAUGAUCGCAGCGAGCCUGAAGAAUGCAGAAGGCGACCCCAUCAUCGACCUGCUACUACGGAAGGGCGCAGACGUCAGCGUCAAGAGCGUCUCCGGCCAGAACGCCCUCCAUUUCGCAACAUCCAAAGGUAACCUCUCCACCGUGCGCACGCUAUUAGCCAACAAAUGCAGCGCCCGAGUCAAGGACAGAAGAGGGCAAUUACCACUUCACCGCGCUGCAGCAAUUGGAUCCAUCCCUAUUAUCAAACUUCUCUUGGAGGAAGGGAAGAGCCCGGUCAAUGCUACCGAUAUCGAUGGCUUAACGGCUCUGCAUCAUGCCAUCUCCGAAGGUCAUGGGGAGGCGGCGAUCGCAUUGCUCAAGGCUGGUGCGGAGGCCGACAAGAAGGAUUCGGAAGGUCAUCUGGCUAUUGAGAUGGCGCCUGAUGCAAAAGUUAAGAAAUAUAUCUUGCAGACUGCUGAGAGAGAGGGUAUUGAACUUUGA